AUGGCUAGUGAAGCCAGUCCUGGCCGAGUGGAAAUACGUGUUUUAAUCGAGUUCCGACGACUGAUCGACACUUUUGGGCUGAUUUGCCUUGUUCUGUUUCCAGGUCAUAGCGGAGUGAACCAGCUCGGAGGUGUGUUCGUCGGCGGUAGACCGCUUCCAGACUCGACGAGGCAAAAGAUUGUCGAACUGGCGCAUUCCGGCGCACGACCUUGCGACAUAUCUAGAAUUCUGCAGGUCAGCAAUGGCUGCGUGUCCAAGAUUCUCGGCAGGUACUAUGAAACCGGAUCUAUCAGGCCUAGAGCCAUCGGUGGUAGCAAACCACGCGUAGCCACGGCGGAAGUUGUAAGCAAGAUUUCCCUGUACAAAAGUGAGUGUCCUUCUAUUUUUGCAUGGGAGAUCAGAGAUCGUUUGCUUCAGGAGGGUGUCUGCACGAACGACAACAUUCCUAGUGUGUCAUCCAUCAACAGGGUGCUAAGAAAUUUAGCGGCGCAGAAAGAACAGCGCCAGCAACAACAGCAACAGCAACAAGGAGUGCCUGCCGUUGGCGUCGGCGUCGGCGCUGGGAGUCCAGCCGAGAGCGUCUACGAUAAACUGAGGAUACUUAAUGGACAGACCACAGGAUGGCCGAGGCCCAACCCAUGGUAUCCAUCGGGCGCUGGGAGUCCAUUUCCAUCGUUGCAACCCAGCUUAAGUCCGAGUCACUGUACAGCCUUGCCACCGGAUCCCGCCGACAUUCUGCACGCGAAAAAAGUGGCGGAGCUCGAGGGUGGCGCACACUCGGAUGAAACGAACAGCGGCGGCGACAACAGCAACGCCGGAAGUGUGUCUGGCGGCACGGACGACGAUCAGGCGCGUCUUCGCUUGAAAAGGAAGCUCCAGAGAAAUCGCACGAGCUUCAGUAACGAGCAGAUCGAUGCUCUCGAGAAGGAAUUUGAGAGGACACAUUAUCCGGAUGUUUUCGCCAGGGAAAGAUUGGCCGGUAAAAUCGGCCUACCGGAAGCACGAAUACAGGUCUGGUUUUCGAAUCGGCGGGCGAAGUGGCGGCGCGAAGAGAAAUUGCGCACGCAACGGAGGGACAACCCGCAACACCAGCAACAACCGCAGCCGCAGCAGCAACAGCAACAGUCGCAACAGCAGCAGCAACACGCUGGCGGAGUGAGCCUCGUUGGUACCGGUCAUCCAACGCCACCGCCGGCCUCGGGUAUAUUGGGUGGUCAACCGCCCCCGCAAGCACCGCCCUCGCCGCCUAGGAUACAUCAUGGUUUCGCGCCCACCGCCGUUUAUCCCGGAAUACCCAGCAUGCCUGAUUCGUACAGUCCCAUGACGUCAAUGCCGAGCUUCACGAUGUCGGGUGGCAACCAACAGAACCAGCACACGACUAGCAGCAUGUCGUCGUUGUCGACUGGGGGUGGGAUGGGUCCGAUGGGCAUGACCGUGGGUAUGACGGUUGGCCCUAGUCCUGGCGCCUGUCUCCAGCAACGGGACAAUGGCUACUCGUGCGGGGUUGCUCGUCCACCUAGUUACGAGCCCCUCCAUCUUGGAUACGGAGCGCGGCCCACAUGCAGUCCCACUCAGCCUUACCACACGGCGGGCCUGAACCAGUACAAUCAGAACACCAGCUCGACCGGUCUGAUAUCACCAGGAGUCAGCGUGCCAAUCGCUGUACCCGGCCAACCAGCACCAGACAUGGCGGCGCAAUAUUGGUCCCCGAGGCUACAGUGACCGUGGUGGUCAUCGGUGUCGAC